UCGUGUGUAGGGCGAGCUGCUGCCAUGGUGGCUUUUUCUUGCGGGCGUGAGCUCCGCUCGCCGCCGGUCUUGGACGCCGUGGCUAGGCUCCUACCACCCCUCCCUCCACCCGGGACUCCACACCGCCACCGCCACACGACAGUACGCAUACACUCUUCUUCCUCCCCUCGCUCUCGAUGGCUGGUGUCCGCUCCCUCAGCACCUCCGCCCAUGCCCGGCUCCCGCACUUGCCGGCUCCCCGAUGGAGAUGAAUGAAGAAAGGAAGAUCUGCAAGAAUAAAGUCGAGGCGGAGGCUUGGUUUACUGGUCUUAGUGCCUUGAUAUGUCGAGGACAACAUGGAUCCUAGGUCCAACAUAUAGAUGGAAUCCGGAUCGCUGGACUUCCUUUUGAUGUAAGCUCUUAUGCUUAAACAAAGUUCACUGUUACCCACAUUUUUCUGAUUAAUAUUUAGUUAUUUUCAUAGUCUAUAUUUCACAUCACUACCUGACUCAUUGCUUCUUAUCAGUAUGUUCUGAUAUCUUGAUGUUGAUUUUUUGCUGCUCAAAUUUGUCACACGCUAUUCUUGUAGCUAUAUACGACAUUCAAUAAUUAGAACCAGAAUGAAAGCUUUAUCCAUGUUAGAGCAUUUGGUUGAGCCUGACCAUCGUCGAGUUGUGGAAUUAAACUUCCGCAUUUGUUUGGUUUAUGAACUAGUUUCCAAGAUCAGAGAGGCAAUUUCAUACUGUGCAAAAGCAAUUUCGCUAUGCAAGUCACGCAUACAGAACCUGAAAAGUUCCAAGGAUGCUUUGUUGGCUGGUAUAGAUGGUGGUGAUGCAUCUGCUGCUGAAGGAGGCUCAGAAAAAUCUACCGUUGAAAAAGAGCUAGAGCAGCUUACUAGCAUAUUGCCUGAUCUUGAGAAGAAGCUUGAGGACCUGUCUGAAGCAAACCCAAGCGCUGACAUGGAUGAGAUGGUGAAGGCAAUUGCGUCCAGGGUAACUGAAGUGAUGCCAAAAGCUGCAUCUUUUACUUCUUCCCAGAUAGCAACCUCAAGCAAUGGAUUCGACUCCUCGGUUAUGUCUACGACAGCGACAACUGGAAGCUCUGGAAGCACUGUGACUGACCUUGGGGUUGUAGGCAGAGGCGUCAAACGAGCUAGCAUCAAGCCGAUCUCUGCCGAACCUGCUGCUAAGAAACCUGCACUUGAUUCACCAUCUCUCCAAGGUGACAGCAGCAUCAACUCUGAGGUUGUCCCUGCAACGAGACUGAUGAAUCCAGCUAAAGCUCUACAUUUGAAACGAACGCUUUCUGACGGGGGCACGACGAUAACACACCUUCUAUUCUAGUAUGCUUAGAUAGAUUCAAUGUUAGCGCAAACGACUGAUGAUAAGUUUUUCAGUUAGUAUUUUAAUUUGGAUUUAGAGUACACUUAUGUAUGAUUUAUUUGACAAUGCUUAUUUAUGAGACAUUGAAUUGUACUUAUCUAUAUUACAUUAAAUAUGAUGUUAUUAAAUA